UGAAUGUAACUGGGUGUGAUUUUUCGGCUUACUUUUUCAAACUUACUGAACAGACCCCGGCCCGCUAACUUUUAUUUAGGUGAGGUUUAAAUCAUUAUUUAAAUUAUUGAUGGAGCUGGACGCAGGAGGAAAGCAGUCUGCUGACAUGGCGGACUUUGUGGUGGAGGAUCUGGAGUCCUUCGUGAACGUUGAAUUGGAGGUGGACAAAAACAGCCAGACUUCUGAACACAGCAUGUCCGUCAUUAGUCAAGCUUUGUUUCAGAAUGAAGAGGAAGAUGAAAGUGACAGUGAAGAUGAUGACGACGACGACGACAGUGGCACUGACCACUUUAACUGUGCGAGGGGCGGGACUCAGCUGCAGAGGUGUGAGCGGCGAUCAGGAGUAAACUCAGGUGUUCCUGACACCUUUCAGACGAGUCACCUGCUGUUCUACGAGAGGUUCAAGGCCUACCAGGAUUACAUGCUGGGAGACUGUAAGCCUUCUGAGGUGAAGGCAUUCACCGCAGACUACCUGGAAAAGGUGUUGGAGCCAUGUGAUUGGCUGGCUCUGUGGUGCACUGAUGUCUUCGAUGUUGUGGUUGAGGUGCGGGACUUGGACCUGAAGGACCUCAAGGCGUGUGUGCGGCUGGUUCUUCCUCUGCAGUGUGAAACACGCGGCUGUGAGCUCUCCGAGGAGGCCAUGACAGCGUUGCUGGAGGCCACGCAGCAUCGAGUACUCCUGCAGGAGCUGCAUGUGGUCUACGACUCCUCCGGGGACUUUGACCAGACCGCCCUGGCCCUGGAACACCUCAGGUUCUUCUACAAACACAUCUGGAGGCAGUGGGAUGAAGAAGAUGAAGACGAUGACUUUGAUUAUUUUGUGCGCUGUGUGGAGCCUCGUCUGCGCCUGUACUACGACAUCCUGGAGGACCGGGUCCCUGCAGGUCUGGUGUCAGAGUACCAGUCCUUACUGGAGUCCUGCUCCAAGGUCUUCCAGCAGUUCAGCUCUCUGCGCAGUGAGCUGGUUUCAGACUCGGACUCUGAGCUCGAUAACAUAUCCAUGGUGGAGGGUGUGAAGCUGUGCGACCAGCUGGAGACACUGCGCCGCAAGCUGCACAUCAUCGAGAACCCACUGCUCAGGUAUGUGUUGGGGUACAGGGGUAACAACAGACAGCAAUGUGUUCAGAGCCGUGGUAUCAGGUGUUCGGGUGUGAAGGUGGUCCAUGUGGUCACAGUGUCCUGCAGCGGCAACCAGCUUCAGUCCCUCCUCAGUGACAGACUGCUGCCUCUGAGCUCCUCUGAGGACACACAGAUACAGUUCCACAAAGAUCCAGUAUCAGCAGUGGACUCGAGUCAUGAAGGAGACGUGGUCCUGAUCCUGCCGGGGGUCUACAGUGUGAGCAGCUCCAUGUUCAUCCCUGACUCCAUCUCUGUGGAAGGGUUUGGACUUCCUGAUGAGGUGGUGAUAGAGAAGAAGAACAAAGGAGAUUCAUUUGUGGAGUCGACAGGAGCAGAAGUCAAACUUUCCAACAUCAAGUUCAUCCAGCACGACGCCAUCGAGGGCAUCCUGUGCGUGCGUCAGGGCACUCUGAACAUGGAGAACUGUGUGCUGCAGUGUGAGACCACCGGAGUGAUCGUCAGAACAUCAGCCUGUCUGAGCAUGACCAGGUGUGACCUGUACGGAUCCAAGGGGGCAGGUGUGGAGAUUUACCCCGGCAGUAUCUGCAGUCUGAUUGGUAAUGGCAUCCAUCACUGUAAAGACGGGAUACUAAUCAAGGACUUUGCUCAUGAGCUGGAUGUGAUGCCGUCCAUCACCAUGGAGAACAACGUGAUCCACAACAACGAGGGAUAUGGUGUGAUUUUAGUGAAACCAAACAAUGGAGAACAACAGGGAGAUGCAGGAGACUCUGCAGGACCCUCAGCCGACCCACCCUCCUCCUUCACUACAACCCCCACCCUUACAGCCAGUGGCCCCGCCCAGCAGGAGUCUGCAGAAAACAACAACAGCACAGAAGGCGGAGCCUCCUCAUCAGGCAGGAAGUGGCAGUUCAGCCGUCAGCUGAGCCGAACCAAGGAGACUUCCUGUGUCAGCCGAGCGGACCAGGACUUGAAGGACCACCAGGUCUUUGUGUCCGUCCAGGGGAACCAGUUCAGACGGAACGGACUGGGAGACUACGGGACCUUCUACUACUGACACACACCAACAUGCACCCUCACACACCGAGACUGUCUGUCACAAACGAAUCUCCACAGAUCCUUCAGCCUCUAUUUUGUUUCUAACUUUAGUUUGUGCUGAAGUAAAUAUUUCUGUUAACAGAACUCUAAACAAUGUUUUUAUCUUAUUUAUUCUUUUUUUGCUGCAGACACUUAACGUUUUACUUUGUUUUAUCAUAAUCUAAAGAUUCACUGGGCACUUUGAGAGCAGAUGUGAUGGUUUGUUACCUGUCAGGUGUGGACUGCACUGUUUAUAAUUCACAGGUAUUCUCUGGGGUUCUUUUGUUUUGUAAAUGUUACCUAUUAGUGUUGGCUGCACCGAUGAUGACUCACAGGAGUUCUUUGUUUUGUAUUCUUGAGUUGAGACAUUCAGUUGUAUAAGGUUUGUUGAUGAGUUUUCUGGUUUGGGGGAAGUUUUCAGGUGUAAAAGUGUAAUAAAUGUUCGGUUUUUAUUAGGGCUGUCAAACGAUUAAAGAGUUUAAUUAUGAUUGAUCACAAAACUUCAAUAGUUAAUCAUGAUUAUUAGCAUAUUUAAUCGCAUGUUGGAAUUGACUUUAUUUCGCAUUCAAAAAUUAAAAUUGUUAGGCUUUUAUUCUGAACUGUCUUAAGCUGAAAGUACUUUACUCGCUGUUCGAUUUAGACCAUGCUUUUGUUUUUGAAAUAAAGUCAGGACAUUCCGGUGGAUUGAAGGUUACAACGUUAACUUAACCACUUACGAAACAGCUCAAAGGAACAGUGAUCAAAUGAAAUGUCUGAUGUCAUUAGGUGGAUAUUUCUUUUGACUUCUCAGUUGAGCUGUCAGGUUGUUGUUUUUUUAAGUGAAAUGAAAUGGUGAUGGCAGGAAGACACUGCGGAGACUUAUCCACAGUGCACCUAAAGGAACAAAAUAGCAUGCAAUUAAUUGGAAUCAAAGACAUUAGUUGUGAUGAACUAGUUCAUGCUGACAGCCUUAGUUUUUAUUUUUCAUUGUGUGACGAUAUAAAUGAAUGUGUUUGUUGCUUGUACUGAAUGGAUUUCUUGCAGAUUAAAAAGUGUCUUUAUAAAACAG